AGGAAGUCUUACUCAGCUCUAUCUAUUAUAGCUUUGGAUGUGUUGUCCAUUCCGGCAAUUUCAGCAGAGCCAGAGAGCCUAUUUUCAUACACGAAGAUCACUAUCACGGAUCGUAGGAACUGCAUAGGCAUUAAAAGUAUUAAAGCAACAGAAUUCCUCAAAUCAUAG